GGGGACCACAAGGGGAGACUAUGAAAGUCGCUUGCGAACAUGAGGUUUUUAAGUCUAAAUUUAAAUUGUGUUUUAUGCAACUGAAAUUGUUCUAUUUCUGAGUAUAGUAUGUGGUUUCAACAGAAACUAUAUAUAUAUAUAGGAACAUAUCCAUUUGGCUUCACAUUGACAGAGAGCAAUUCAAGACCAGAGGCAAGUCUUUGCUCGAGUUGUUCACGAUCACUUGUCACUUGACAAUGGUUUCCGCGGGGGAGUCUCACACAGUCCUUCUCCGAAGUGAUGGCAGUGCUGUUGCCUGUGGAACAAACAAACUUGGAGAAUGCGACAUUCCACCAUUGGAUGAUGGAAUGUCCUACACCCAGGCUUCUGCAGGAAGGCAUCACACAGUGCUCCUCCGAAGUGAUGGUAGCGCUGUGGCUUGCGGAGACAAUGACAAUGGACAAUGCAACAUUCCACCUUUGGAUGAGGGAAUGUCAUACACCCAGGUUUCUGCUGGGGGGUUUCAUUCAGUUCUUCUUCGAAGUGAUGGAAGCGCUGUUGCCUGUGGAAUACAUGAACAGUGGAUAGUUCCAGCUUUGGAUGAGGGAAUGUCCUAUACCCAAGUUUCUGCGGGAGAUUUUCAUACAGUGCUUCUUCGAAGUGAUGGCAACGCUCUGGCUUGUGCAUGGAAUGAAGAUCAUGGAGAGUGCAGCAUUCCACCAUUGGACGAAGGGCUGUUGUACACCCAAGUUUCUGCGGGCGAUGGUCAUACAGUACUUCUCCGAAGUGAUGGCAGCGCGGUUGCCUGUGGGUUGAAUCACUGCGGCCAGUGCAACAUUCCAUCUUUGAGCGAGGGAAUGUCAUACACCCAAGUUUCUGCAGGAGGGGUUCAUACAGUCCUUCUCCGAAGUGAUGGUAGUGUUGUUGGCUGCGGAUUGAACGCCAGCAAACAAUGCAACAUUCCACCUUUGGAUAAGGGAAUGUCAUACACGCAGAUUUCUGCAGGAGGGCUUCAUACAGUGUUGGUCCGAAGUGAUGGAAGUGCUGCGGCCUGUGGACUGAACAAGUGUGGACAAUGCAGCAUUCCGUCAUUGAAGUCUUGGCGUGAGCUUCUAACUUUUGCGGCCGCGAGCCGUGACUACACGUCUGUGUCCUCUACACCACUCGGCAAAGACUACAUCUUACAACUGGGUGUUGUCUUCGAAGAGGAUACAGCAAUGCUGACAUGCUGGGAUUUGGCUGGACAUGAAGUACUGCAAUUCUGGACACCUGGGUCUGACCUGGCCUCGGAUACUCAGAAGCGUAUUGCAAGUAAUUUGAAGGUUAGCCCCCAAAGUCUUCGAGUGGUUUUGCCUGACGGACAGUUGUUGGCCUCAAUUUGCAGGGCAAAUCCAUCGGCCACCAUUGCUGGCAUGGUGAAGUGAACCUGGGAAUCGCAUCCCACAUGAUCUCGGCAAGGUCGGCAAGGACAUGGAACCGUUAUUGAACACCGCGGAGCACCGCCCUCAACCGGAGAUGCAGUAUGCACCAGAUGGCCAUUGCGGCUCUUUGUUCUUCACCAUCUGCCAGGAACUCCCGGGCUUUGGGUGGCAUUGGUCUCCGGCCGUCACGGUCGGCGUCUCGCUGCGUAAAACGCUGGUUUCAGUUCGCAAGUACCGUGAACUUUUGAAUGCCGUAUUAUAUCGAAUGAUUUGAAUGAUUUGAAUGCCAUAUGAUAUGGCAUGCGUCAUAUUUUUUUAUGAUAUAUGUAUGUAUGGCCCAUAUCUCAUGCUUCAGAUUCCAAGGUUAGCAUGCACAAAGGCACAAAACGGCACAAACACCUUUUUUGUUCACCCGUGUCACCGCACAGAAGGGGCUUCACCGCACCCCGCGAGCCGUCCUCAUCGGCCGUCCUCUUAAAGCGAACGGUCGACUCAGCCGGACCGGUCGGAGUGAGUGUUUGUCCGCCGGACGAAGGUCGUGUUCCGCCGGAUGCACGUG